UUUUUUUUGGCAGAAAACUGAAAUUUCUUGGUUCUUCUCAACACUGUGGUUAGGAUUGUUCGAUGGAUUUUUUUUUGGCAGAAAACUGAAAUUUCUUGGUUCUUCUCAAUACUGUGGUCUUCUCAUCUCCAUUGUUUCGAUUUUUUCUGUUUUUUUAACAUAAGGAUAAUCUUCUCUGCUCCUCCCAAAUGCAGACGGGGAUUUUCUCCUCGCUGCAGUUAUCCUCAGAAGGCCACCCAAAAUCCUCCCUAGGGUCAUUUGCCCGUGGAUUUGUUCCCUAAGCAUCCAAACAAGCGAUGUCAAGAGUUUUAUUAUUAACAAGUUGAUCUGUCGAGGAGGAUCCUGAUUUGGCAGUUUCACUUGAUUGCUUCGCAUGAAAUUUCAAGCGUUUGGCUCCCAGAAAUUAGCUCUAGAAACAAGUAACAAAGGGAAUUUGAUUCCAAGUAUGAGGACGAUGUUACGGCAAUCUGGCUGCCACUUGAGUCUCAACUAGGCCCCUAUUCUCUAGCGCUAACUGCCCUGCCCUGCCCUGUCCAUCCAGUCACUCCGCCGCAUCUUCCCCCACUCCGCUGCAUCUUCCCUGGCCUGCUGUCUCUGCUGCACGCCUUCAUCACGCUUGUAGCCUCCGGCCCCGUGCUGACAAGGUGUUCCGCCUCAUCACCGAGCAAUUCCUCGCCCUCGCGAUGGAGAUACACAUCGAGUACAGCGGUGCCGAUCUAUCCUAUCCGCAUCUAGAUCAUAUUGCGCGGUGCGCCUUCUCGAUCUAAUGUCAAAGUUUUUGUAGGCUUUUGGUGCUCGCUUCCAUUACUUGUGAUAAAUCUGCCAGGGAAUUUUUGGAUCAGAUAACUGAGGGGCUUUGGAUUUGGGGUGUUUCUUUAUCUUUUUUGGAGAAAGUUUAUUGGUUGUUCAUUAUGUUGAUUUUUCACAAGUAAAAAAAAAAAAAACUUGCACUUCACCAAUUCCAUGUGACAUGCCAACAGAAAAUUUGUGUUUGGUAGUACUGGCUGGAAUCAAAGUCAGAUUCAAUUAGAAACGGAUGAUUUGAAAUCUCAAUGAAAAGUAGAGUGGACUGUACUAGAUUAGUUCCUGGAAAUUGCUAGAAUGAUUUGGAUUCUAACAUGUGCUAGGCUAUUUGGACGAAAAUCAUGGUGUGUGCUCAAUUGAGUAGGCUUUCAUAACAUAUUCCACUUGGAAUUUCUGUUUAUGUAGAUAGUAAGCAUAUCCUAAAAUUUCUCUAUGUUAUCUGUUCAUUGUUGCAGAAGCGUAGCAACGCUUUGGUGUGCUGACAAUGUCCAUCUUCCGCUCUGUUCUCCUGAGAGUAGUAAGGUCUAAUGGUUGGAGAUGCUUUUCUACUGGGGUCCCUUCUGAUCCUAUAGCAGAGCUAAAUAAGGAAAUGGAAUCAAUAUUUGGAGAAUCUCCUUCACCCAGUCUUUUAGGCUCAAGUCCUCCCCAGCAACCAGCCCAGCCCACUUAUGGAGCUGAGGGUUCACAACCGGUUCUUACCCAUACCGAUAGCAGCGGGCAGGCGAAGAUGGUUGAUGUCUCACCCAAACAAGACAGCAAGAGAGUUGCUAUAGCCAGCUGCAGGGUUUUGCUAGGACAAAAGGUGUUUAAUUUGGUGGCAUCAAACGAGAUUGCGAAAGGAGAUGUCCUUACUGUUGCAAAGAUUGCUGGAAUAAUUGGUGCAAAGCAAACUAGCAACCUCAUACCCCUGUGCCACAACAUUAAUCUUUCCCAUGUUCGUGUUGAUCUUACUCUCAAUGAAGAGGAUUCUAGUGUCGUUAUAGAAGGGGAAGCCACAACUAGCGGAAAGACAGGGGUUGAAAUGGAAGCAAUGACUGCAGUAGCUAUUGCCGGCCUCACAGUUUAUGACAUGUGCAAAGCCGCUUCAAAGGACAUUUGUAUAACAGAUGUCUGUCUCCAGCACAAGUCUGGGGGCAAGAGUGGGAAUUGGUCCAGGAAUUAAAUUAUUGCUCUGAGCAUAUGAACUGCAAGCAUGAUUUGGGCAUCAAAAGGUUUUCUAGUUAUCACACCAAAAGGUUUUGAUUUGGCUUUGAAUGCAGGCUCCUCCUUGAAUGUUUUUGAGACAUCAUUUGAGCCUCUGUACUCCUAUUGUGUUGUAGAUAUAUUGUUCAAUGAUUUUAGAAUAGCUGGUUGUAUCAAUUGAUUUUAAUGUAUAGUUGGUUUCCUUGGUGCA